GAGCGAGGAACAGGUCGCAUGAAAACGCGCAUAGAAGACAGGUUGACAGAUAAUUGCGCGAUGACGGCGUCAUGAUUGUGAGUGCAGGCCGGCGGACGGAGGACUGCGCAUCUUGUCUGAGAUGAUGAUGGAGAAAUCCCGCGCUAGACUGAGUCCGAAACGACCUAUGCACCGGGGGGAUUGCAGGGCGUGGCGCCGAGUGGAGGUGAGCGAGGGUGUGGCCAGACGCACAAUCAAAAAAAGUCGCGAGAAGGAUACGUACAUACGUCCACAUGCCAAGGGCUCCUUUCGACUGAGUGCAGACUCGGAAGAGAGAUGAUCUCUGGAAUUCGGUAGGAAAGGGUACAGGGGAAGAGCUUUGACUCCCAUCCAGGAACGUAAGGAUAGAAGUAUCCAUCGAACUCCCAGCUUGCGUGCCGGCAGUUCGUGGUAUACAUAGUAGCCACGAGAGUUUGCCUUUCCUUUAUGAGGCCGACGAUAUCUCCUCCUACGCGAGCGAAGCCAUAGCCGCACAUGAGGCGUAAGCGUACGCAGGAAGUUGACCACUGCAGGAUGUCGUAAGCAGAUAUAGAAUCAUAUGGACCCGCAACCAGUUCCCGCAUGAGCGCACCUGCCAAAGCGGAGGUCAAGGCAGCGAGCGUAGCGCAGCACAGCUCAACGACAGACGAACGGAAACGCGCACGUCUGACGAUUCCAGGGCAUACACGGGUACGCGAGGAGAACCGAGGUGCCCAUCCGUUCAUCCAGACUGCAGUACGGCAGGAGCCCAGAUGGCCGGAAAUUUGCAUGCGUCGCCGAGCGGUGUGCCAGUGCUGCAGCAGCCCUUCGACACGAGGCGCGUGCGAAGCCCGUCGCGAGACCAACGGUCUCGCCCUCCGCUGACAGCGAGCGAGUCGCGAGCAGCCAGCACACUGCGUGCGCAUGGUCGAUCGGGCGACCUGGAGCCUGAGCGACCGCGCGCGCUGGUAACUAACUUUAGCUGCAAUGUCGAUGCCGCAGGCCUGUACGCGCUCAGUGUGAACGCAUCUCGCAACAAGCGGGUUUCAGUUGCUUAGCAGGUAGCGCGCGUCUGAGGCCCACGCUUGUGU